GCCGCGGCAACCACGUGCUACGAUUGCAGCUGCGAGUCAAGUAAGUCGGAGACUGUCUUCUAUUGCGACAACGCUUUUCUGUUCGAUCGCGGUAUCACCAAUCGAACGAACAUUAAGCAACGUUCUUUAAGAGGAAACAGAGCAAAGAGAAAAGAAAAUAAAUAUAAAAAAAGAAAUAGAAAGCGCGACUGGGGGAAAGAAAAAGGACGGCGCGAGUCGUCGCGAACGUCAAACGAAGAAAAAAAGAAGCAAAGUGGAGAAAGAAGGAAAGAGAAAGGCGCAGAGAUACGCUGUGCAUUGUAUGAGCGUCGGUGUUCGGGAAACGUGCUCGAAUUCUUUUUUACAGAAUCAGUGCGCUUCGUCGGUACAUCGAACUUCUUCUAGAAGUUACGAUACGAUAGCCGCGGACGCUUUCGCGCCGAACUUAUCGAUUUUUCCUUUAGCACAGUUUAAGGGCAGUCUGUUUCAGUGUUGUGCGUGACGAUCGUUUAGCUUCGGAAGAAGGAGAAGAAGGAGAAGAAGAAGAGAACGAAGGCGAAGGAAAAGAAAAAGAAGAAGAAACAAGAACCGAAGGUCUCGUUUGUAUUACACCGAAUCUUUGACCCGAACAACACACACUCUGUGAUAUACAUCGUCAAAAUCUUUACUACUCUGUGAUCUGUGAUUUGUGAUAACGAUAUUUAUUAUUUUUACGAGGACUUUUAGAUUUAUUCCAGCCCCAAUUCCUGUAAUAUAUUUCAAAGGUCACCGCAUGUAAUCGAGUACUAACGGCGAUUAGGAACGACACAGCGUGAAGACCUACGCGGACCAGAGAGCCAUCGGAAAUUUAAUCGGUCUUUGGAUCAGCGACAAAAAAGGAAAGAGAAAGAUAAGAAGCGCUGGAGCAGAAGAAACUGUUUUGAACGUGUUUCAAAGAUUACACGGCACGUUUUACGAAACGAAGUGAUUAACGAUAAACGGCUUAGCUUUCGAUAAGGCUGGCAUAUAUCGUACAACCAAUAAGGGAACGUCGAACGUGCGACGAGAAGGACAAGCGAAAUCAAAUCGAUCGUGUACUUCUGAUUAAAACAUUCGACUCAUUUUCGUCCGGAAAUUCGUGCGAGAAAGCGAGGAUUAGCUUGGUCGGAACGCGUCGGUUGCUGAGAAGAAAGCGAGAAAGAAGUUUCUCGAAGCUUGGUUACCGCUGUCGCUGGUGCUGAGUGUUGACUCUACCGGAACAUAGAAGCUUACGAACAAUUCGUUCAACUGUACGGCGAGCCAAAUCGUCGAAAAUAAAUCAGGAAACGGCCAGGGGACCGUAAAUAGCUGGCCGAUAUUCUCGACCAAUUUCCUCCAGGCACUCGCCAAUCGAAAGGAUUUUACAUUCGUCGGAGUGGAACCUUGAGCGACCGAUCCGCAGAUCCUGGGACCUUGAUUUUGAACUUCGACAGACAAGAAUACACAAGCCAAACGUUGUAACAGUUUCUUCGAGCAAAAAGAAGCUUAGAAAAAGUUUCUACGUGACCGUCGAUAAAAAGCACAGAGAGAAAUCAUCGACCCCCUCCUUUCUCUCGAUAAAAUAUACAAGUAACAAGUAUACAACGGAGAGUCGCGGAAUUUCGAUCGAACGAAAUAAUAGAUUUACCAGUACGUUUGUUUUCAUUGGGAAUCGAGUUAGAUUCGAAACGGCAGAAGUUCGUACGGUACGAUACUCCUGGUGAGUAGUGGCGGAAAGAAAAUACAGCGACCAAAGGAGAGAGAAGUUUCUCGAAGCUUGGUUUGCCGCGCGCUGACUGUGCUCUAAACUCGCUCGAAAAGGAGAAACACGAGCGAGCAAGGAAUACGACGGAGAAGGUCUUACAGGAAAGAAAGAAGCCGAUGGGUGUGCGCCAUCUCUGAGAACGAGGAAGAGAGAAACGGAAUCGUUGCUGCCGUAACCUGGGACAGAUUUAAAAGGCCCACGUGCUCCACUUAGGCCCCCCCGUUCCGAUAGAAACUACAGUGCAAACUUUCAAGGCGAAAAGGAAGCUAGAACAGGAUCCACAGAGGACGAAAGGAAACGGAAGAAAAGGCUGGGGAUAAGGAACAGGAUUAACCGCGAUCGAAGUUGAACGAAAGGAAAGAGAAGCCGAGUGCUGGGAAAAAGGGACGAGCGCGGGUCGAACAAAGACGGAGAAGUAAAUCGGUUAGAACGGAGUGGAGUAUAAAAGAUAGAAAGAUAGAGAGGAAAAGAAAGCACGAGUAUAUACCAUUGCAGUUGAAGAUGGCAAAGGGCAAACCGUUAACGGUCUCGGAGCGGCGGACGAACGACGUGUUCGACGAAGAAUCGAUAGCGGUACGAUCGCGAUGGCGAAAUUUCGCCGCCUUCUGGAUACUCGGACUCUGCAACAAUUACGGAUACGUGGUGAUGCUUAGCGCCGCGCACGAUAUACUUGAGAGCAAAUUCGGCACGACGAUGGAACCUGUCACGGAAUUCACGAAUGGCACCGUGACGACCACCAACACCAGCGGGAUUCGAUCCUGCAACACAUUGUCCACUGGCGCCAUAUUGCUAGCGGAUAUAUUACCAUCGUUAGCGGUGAAAACGAUCACGCCGUUCCUGCCUUUUUACGUACAUGCUCGACUGGCUACCUGUGUGUUAUUUUCCGCUGCAGGAUUCCUUAUGGUGUCGUUGAGCACUACUGAAUGGCUCGCCAUUCUGGGCGUCGUUGUAACGUCACUCUCUUCCGGUUUGGGAGAAGUUACUCUGCUGAGUUACAGUCACCAAUACCCCAAACAAGUAAUCGCGACAUGGUCUUCCGGUACUGGAGGCGCCGGAAUAAUUGGCGCGCUAUCUUAUGCCUCCCUCACCAUGUGGUUGAGUAACGAAGACACGUUGUUAGUUAUGUUAAUCGUACCGAUUAUACAAGGAAUCACUUUCUGGUUGGUUCUGGUUCACCCGCCGCAGUCCAGUAUCCCGAUCACUAAGAACGGUAUCGACAGUCAAGAACACAUCAUUGAGAUCCCUAGGAAGAGCUUUAAAGAAAAGAUCAAUCUGGUACCGGGAUUGAUGAAGUAUAUGAUCCCGCUUGGGCUCGUGUACCUCUUCGAAUAUUUCAUUAACCAAGGAUUGUACGAGCUGAUCGAAUUCGAUGACAUUUGGCUGACGCACGCUGAGCAAUAUCGCUGGCUCCAGGUGGAUUAUCAGAUAGGAGUGUUUAUCUCAAGAUCGUCCGUCAAUCUCAUCACGAUUAACAAAAUCUGGAUCAUGGCUCUGUUACAGUUUAUCAACGUCAUAAUUCUACUGUUCGAGACGCUGUUUUACUACUUGCCCAGUAUUUGGAUUGUGUUCGCGUUCGUUUUGUGGGAGGGCCUUCUCGGUGGUGGAGCGUACGUGAAUACGUUUUAUCGAAUGUCCACCGAGAUUCCAAGAGCGGAUCGUAAAAUUUCCUUGGGAAUUGCCACGAUGGCCGAUUCCAUUGGAAUCGCGUUGGCAGGAUGGUUGUCUAUGCCGGUUCACAAUGCCAUUUGUAGACUGCCACAACCGUCUCGAGUGGGAAGCUAGGAGAUAAACAUAAGAUAGUAUUUAACAACGGUCAUGCGAAUAUAAGCAGGAUCGUAACGCCGUGAUACAUACGUUAUUUAUUACCGAAUCUUCUUCGACACGCCAUCAUGGCUUCGAUAAUGUUGAUAACUGACGUAACGUGGUUCGUACAUCAUUCCGGUUUCUAGCCAUUAUUAUGCUACCGUCAAUUAUUGUAGCAAAAUGCGAUUAGUAUCGCCAUGAUCCAGCUUGACAUCUCGUUUGUAUUAUCUUCGAAAACAUAGAAUUUAUUCGAUGCCGCUCGUCGAUUGAACUUCCAUCGUACUGGAAUCAUGGACGAUGCUUAAAAAUUGAACUACGAUUCGACACAAAAGACGUACUAUCGAUACCGAUGUUCCUAAAUGAAAAAAAAAAAAAACAAAAAAUUUAACUCGCUAGAUUGUAAGUUCGAUCGUUCUCAGAUUUAUUUGGUACAAAUAUUUAAAGGAUUAGGAACAGAAUUGUUUUACGAUUAGUUUGAUUUCGUUUCGCAGUGCGUUUCUUCUUCCUUAACAGAGAAGAAGAGCAAAAAGCAGCGAAUCGCGCAACAGGAAAACCAGAAAUUGGAUAUAGACGAGGAAAUCUCGUCUCGAUUUACGUGUCAACAGCAUUCGACUCCUGUUGUCGAAUAUCGCAGCGCUACGCUUUUGUAAACGCGAUCUAAAAUUUUCUGACUAUGGGUCUACGCGUUUCAUUAUGCGUUCGUAGCUAGUAGGUUUAUACGUCGUUUAACAUUUGAUCGUAACAAGAACGACCACCAGUAUUCGUAGUUAGAGUAACACAUCGAUUUUCGCCACGCGUUAUAGGCGCAUUCGAUGAACGAGACAGCGUUCGAUUUACAAUAUUUUUAUUGUUUAUGCACGACUCGUGUCCAUAUGUUAAAUACCGUUUCAAAAAUAUUGCUGACAAGAUUAUCUCGGUUUAUUUCGCUAAAAUGAUAACGAAUUUCGCAUUUCGCUUGAUCGCGUCACAAUAUCAUAACAUGGGCUGUGCGUUGUGUUUAUAAAAAUUAAUUUUUUUUUUUUGCGAAGAGGAAGUCGUCAAAUCGAUUUUUAAUCAUGAUCGAAAUUUCAAACAUUCCUCGUCCAAAGGAUAUUUGUUGAAACACGCGAGAGUGUUAAUUAGAAGUAUUAUAAUAUCAAGUCGUAGAGUAAAUACGGUAGGACCGGAAAUUUCAACGAACGAGAAAGGUCCUUCCCAUUCUUCUAGCAAAAUAAUUCGCCUUUUCCUAAAUACAUAUUGUAUAUGUGAUAUACCGAUAAUACUGUUUCCUACAUUUAUUUUGAGAUAUAAAUAUAUAUAGUAUAUAUAUAUAUUUAUAUACGAAAUAUCAUAUUGUUUAUUACGCCGUAAUAUAUAUAUAUAUUAUAUUUAUCGUUGUAAAAUUGGAACUGCUUGUGACGCGUCCUAAAAUGAAUGUCCUGCGGUUCGCCUAAUUUUAUUUUAUCGUAUUUUAUUCCUUUUUUUUUUCUUUUUAUUAUAAGGAAAAUAAAUAAGAGAAAGAACGAAUGCGGGAGAGAAGCGUGGAUAACAAACGAAAUCGAAACAUUGUUCAAAUAUGUAAUUUGUUGUGAAUAUGUUCGAAAUAAACGAUAAAAAUUCUUUUUCGAAAA